UUACCAAUGCAUGUCCUCACUUGUGCUAUAGUCACUUUGGGUUGAACCUGUCAAGCUGUAAGGAUGUCUGGGCAAUCGCCUUUCAUAGCGAAGCUUACACACUGGCUUGGUUACAGAAGGCACCGAAUGUGGCUGAGGUACAAAGAUGAUAUUUCAUCAAGAACCAUACCAAAGCCCACAAUGCCUCCAUCUGAAAAUUCAGCAAUUUCGAAUAACUAUUAUUGUUCAAGAGAUGCAAGAAGACAAAUGGGUCCACCAGUUGUUAUAAAAGCAACUGGAAUGGCUCAAAAACAGCUGGAAGCACAAAAGCAGCUCGAAGGAGGAGGUCCAAAAGAUGUUGUCAAAACUGAAACAAAGCCCAGUACUUCUUCGCCAUUUCCAACUCCAGGAAUGGGACUUAGGUGGACACAGUCUAAAGAACAAGGGUGGUGAAGGACUGCGUUUGCAAAUUUUUUUGAAUUGUUCUAUAUGAUAUUUAUUUUCUUUAUCAAUAAUAGUAAUAAAUGUGACAUUGCGAAUGAGGGAAA